UCAUUUUUCCUUAUUUAAGAAUAGAUUUAAGUUAAUGGCUACACGUUUAACCUGCUCGUCUUAAUUUAAUUAACCUCAACCAACCCACAGCUCAGAAGAUUAGCUUAAGACUGGAUCCGUCAGUAUCUGCGAGCCAAGAAUCUUAAGAUAUCUAUAGGCUAUGUGAUUAUUCCAUUUUAUAUUUAUUAACUCUAUUUAUUAAUUCAUUCAUUUUACAUUUGAAAACUGCAUUUACAUUGCAAAUUUCUAUUUUAUGAACUGACUUUUUGGUACCAUAACUGUAGGGAUGGGAAUAGUAAGGAAUUUAACUGUUCUUUUAACGAUUCUUCUAACGAUUCUUCUAAUACGUUUGAGGAAAACAUUUGAAAAUAAGUCUGUUGCUAAAUGGUCCUAUAAUUUUAUAUUCCAACACAACAGAUAAGGGGAGACCGGGGAGUGUUGUAACACUGUAAGUUCAACAAGUUAGAAAAGAGCUGUGGUGAUGUCAUCAUACACUCCCAUCAGCUUUUUGAGCUUACAUGAGAAGUGCAAUGUGACUGUGAGCAAUAUUGUAGAUUUUAUUACCAAAAAACCUUUUUUUCAGGAAGGAAAGUAACAUUUUUUUAAUCAAGAUUAUUUUUUUAUUUUUUUUUUGCCUAGCAAUCAUUGUAUUAUAGAAGAUACAAUUGUUUUAUUUACAUAACCUAAAGUAGCCGUUUCUCUAAUUUAAUUUGAUGUUUUGCAUUCAUGCUAACUUCAAAACCACAUGCUAAAACAGUUAGCAAUGUUAUGGCUGUUUGGGGUAGGGAUAGUUGUAACAGUUCAUUAAAAAUGUUACAACUAACCCCUUAUGAUGAUUCCAACUAACAAAGUAUAACUUAACUUUAACUUUAUUUUCCAUUUUGUUUGUCUUUGACACUGGUGUCAUACAUAUAAGUACUUCCACACGAGUGCUUAACCACACAACACACAUUAACAACACAAAUGUUAUAUAUAUAUAUAUAUAUAUAUAUAUAUCAGGUAUCAGUCACAUCCUCCGUUAAGGCAAAGUCACGUAAGUUUUUGCACAUCAAGGGAUUUAUGUGGAAAAUGUGUUUUCUUCGUAGUUUAUGUCUUAUUAUCAGAUAACAUUAUCCACCUUAAUUGAGUGCAUGGGUUUUUUGUGCACAUUUUUAGAAUUUAUGCGCAUCUUGGCAUUUCCAUCCAGCGGUUUUAUGUGAUAUCGCAAAAUUUACAUAAAAAUAGGUGGAUGGCAACAUAGCCAUGAAUGUGACAGGAAUACAGUAAGCGCACAAACACACAGCAUUUGCUUUUGUUCUAAAUUUAAAUUUAAACUUUAAAUUGUUUACUUUAUUCAAAACUGUUAUUCUUUGUUCUUCAAUAAAGUUCUUGCAUAAAUACAUAGUGUGGAUCUUAUUUCAGCAAAUCAGCUCUUAUUGUUACAUCUAUCCUCAGCUAGUGUUACAACUCACCCCAGUAGUGGGGAAGGUUGUAACAACAGAACUCUUUGUAGUUGACAUUAACUCGCAUAAUCUGUGAUUGUGUAGUACACGUCCAAGUGACUUUUAUUUGUAGCAGACAAAUGUGGCUACUGUGUAUAAAAGUUUGAGAGAUCUAUAGAGCAAACAACCACUGAUGCUCAAACAAAAAGUGUUACUACCAUCCCUGGUCUCCCCACUCUAAGAAAUCAGAAAUACAUUUUAUUUUACUUUUUUAUUUAGAAGUGAAAAAAAUGCAGUGUAAUAUUCAUUCCUAAUUACCAUAUAAAAAUAAAACAAAAAACAAAAUUGGUAACAUAUUUCAUUAAUUCUUUUAUUUUGAUUUAUCUAUUUUUAUGUUUUUGAUUCACUAAAAGCAAAAAGCACAUAUGAUUAAAUGAAAAUGAAAAUCUUUAAUUUUGCCUGGAGCAAGGAUCAAUUUUUAAAUUCAUUUUUAAUUAAAAAAAUACUCUAUCUAUUUUAUUCAUUUUUUAUUGUAUUUUUUUCUUGAACCUGUUACGAAUAAGAAUACAGGCACGUUCACACCAAUGCUGAUAACGGUAAUGAUACGUUAUAGUCUAUCAUAGAUAUAGUUGUAAGAAUUGUUCUAAAUAUAAAAGAAUAGCAGAGUCCACACCACAACUAUAACGAUAACAUCACUGAGGAACAAUAUUGUUGGAAUCACUUUCAGAACAAUUUUUUUUCCAGCCGAUGAACAACGAAACAUUGACAGCCAAUCAGAAUCCAUCCUGCUUUAAGAGCUUGAGCAUUUAAAGUGGCAGAUGACAAAACUGCAGUGUGCGCUUAGAAUAAAAGGAACGUUAUCGUGCAUUGGUGUGGAUGCUAAUAUAGUUAUCGUUCUUGGUGUGAACGGGCCUUAAGAACUCUUUCUCAAAUCUUCAUACAUAUCAAUAUCCUGAUAAAAUAACCUAAUAUUGACAUAGUUCAACAGGUUCACAUCCGAGGUUUGGACAAAAUUAGGAUAAAGAGCUGUGGAUAAGGUUGCCACAGUUACUUUUGUUCUAGUUUUGACACACCCAGAUACAAGCCAGACUUUAGUAUUUCUCAACUGUUAAUGUGAAAUCCACUGAUACCCCUUCAGACAUACUCGAGUGGUUUUAGCACUUAUUCCACAUCAGAAUCAAAGGGAAAGUGCCAUUUUUAUCUCAGUCACUCAAGCGUUGUGGUGCUUCAAGUUCACAGAAUAAAGAUGUCGCCGUUGGUGCUGGCUGUCGGAGUGUGCUUAGCUGGGUGGAUUGCUCUUUAUGCUUUGCUGUGCUACACAAAUGGGACUUGUGGCUAUGAAUGGAACUGUCGGCUAGUUACACUAUUCCAUGGCAUCCUUGCAGUCUGUAUAACUGCUUACAUUGGAUACAUAGAUGGACCGUGGCCUUUCACCAACCCAGGUACAAAAAACACCCCUCUGCAGAUCACCGCUAUGGUGGUCAGUCUGGGCUACUUUAUUUUUGACAUGGCAUGGUGUGUGUACUUCCGCACCGAGGGCUUGGUGAUGCUCGCUCACCACACCAUGAGCAUCCUGGGUAUUAUGCUCACACUGUGGCUGGGCGAGUCGGGCAUCGAGUCUUGCGCCGUGCUGUUUGGCAGCGAGAUCACAAACCCCCUCCUCCAGACGCGCUGGUUCUUGAAACACUCUGGCCGCUACGACAGCUUCCUCGGAGACCUGGUGGAUGUUCUGUUCGUUCUGCUGUUUGUAUUCAUGCGCAUAUUCGUCGGCGGCAACAUGCUGUACUGUGAGCUGACCUCUCCGAGACCCAAGUUCAUCAUUAAGUGUGGCGGUGUGGCCAUGUAUGCGCUGUCUUGGGUGUUCAUGGCUGAUAUCGCCCGUUUCGCAUACCGCAAAUCCCAUGUCAAAUACCAGCACUGGAUGAAUCGUCACAGGAUGGCAGAGGUCAACGGACAGGACGUGAAGAGAGAUUGAAAGAUCUCUUAGAUGCAGCCAGCAGAUUGGCCUCUCGUUUCUAACACUGGAGAGAAGAAUGAGAAUCAGCGUUACAGCUAAUAAAGCUCUGCCGCUAAUAGAUGUUUACAUAUUUUUUAAAAAGGAUAUCAGCCAUUAAAGUUCACUUCUGGCUGGUAAUAUACACAUGGGAAAACAUCCAUGCUGUAUUAGAGCCCUUAAAAAGUCUUGAUUGUUUUUUAUUAUUUGCCAUUAUGAUUAACUCAAAAUUCUUACAAUCAAAUCUAAUGUGAUAUAUUUGUACUCAUAAUAAGAAUUAAGUGUUUAAACUGUUAAGUACUGGAAAUAUUUGAUAUUUUUGUAAUUAGGAAUACUACUUGUGAUACAUUUUAAUUAGUUAUGUUUAAUUAGAUAUGUACAUUGUUUCCCAUUAAGCUUUUAGUAUGUGAAAUGUUCAGAAAUGAUCAUGAAACUCUACUAAAUGUUUCUGGAAGAUUACUGAAUGAUUUGUGUGUGAUUAAUGACUUGAAUGAAAAAGUAAAUCCAGAAGUCUUGUUAUUGAAAUGUAACCAUUUUUAAAUUGUGAAGUUGAGUGAUGACUCAUGGUGAAUUGACCACACCAGUCGAUAAAAUCAAUAAACAUAAUCAUUAUUAUUGGCAUAAAUCAGUUA